GCACGGCUCAAGGACACAGCCCGAUUUGUGACUCGUCGACAAGACGACUCGUGACUAUGUCGUGGACUCGUUACCAGGAGUCGGCCUCAGAAUCCUGGCCUCCCUCCGCCAGUGAAGAAAGGGUGACGCCUUUCUCGCGCUAUCCUCUUCAAGAUGGCUUCUACAACACCUUGGCUUACACCCACGUCGUCAUUGGAUUUACAUACCUUUCACUGAUGCUGUGGCAGUUUUUGGCCACCAAAGGAACGUCGGAGCAUGUGCGGCGCGGUCUGGUGCUCAAGUGGAUCGCUUUAUUCUGCAUCGGUGGAGGUUGGGUGCUUCAGAUUCGUCAUUCCUGGUUCAGCGACCCAAAGGUCUUCGAGAAAACCCCAGUGCUUUUCAGCCUACCCUUUGCACGGAAUUUCGUGAGUGCCUUUGGCAGCUCGACAGUGGUGAGUGCUUUGAAUUGCUUCUUGGUUGGGGUCAAGGAAAAGUCUCGUAUGGCCUCGUGCGGUGGCCCUUUGCAUCUCUUCCUUCUGGCAGCCACCUCAGUGUCCUUGGCAGUCGAUGUCAAUGCAUAUGUCUACAUUUUCCGCGAAAUGAGCACUACCCCGGCUUGGGGCAACUACCAUUGGGACAUGCUCGUGGAGAUGACCGUGAUUGGCGCAGUUUUCCCCUUAUACGAUGGCCUGAACUUGUAUGUACUCAGCCAAUGGUACCGUACGGGUUUCUUGGACUACAAGGAACAUCACGUCAUGAACGCUGUUUGGAGCAUGAGCAAAACCGCGGCUGCAGCAUUGCUGUUUUCCGCUCACGAUGCUCAUUUCUUUUGGCCUCACCCGGGCAUUACCCUUAUUUACCGUUGGGCUGUGCAGUUGGUGCCGCAAUUAUUGAUCUUGGUUCCAUACCUCCUGCGCAUCUUCCGCUACGUCGCAGCCGCACACGACUACGACCCUGUCGCAACGGCGGCGGGCACUGAAAUGGCCCGUGGUCUCCAGAGGACGGAGGUGAAUAAUAGUAAAGCCUGAGCUAAAUGCAGGGAUGCCAAGAUAAUGCCAAGGCCAGGGCGACUUGGAGUUGGUUCCGUAAAAUCCG